AAAAAAAUGAACACAGCGGUAACAUAGAUCAGGAUGAUGAUGAUGAUGACUUGUAGAUCUUGAGGAAGAAGAGACUAGCGGCAUAUCAGCGUCCAUGGCUGGAGACAGUUGGGUCUAGGAGGUGGAGUUUGUGGCUUAACUCGCCCGAAAACUCUUAUUUAAAUAUUUAUGUGCACAAAAUAACUUUUCUUUUUAUUAUUAUUUACAAGCUUUAUCACCAAGAAAGUAUGGUUUUGUGAUGCAUAAAGUGAAAUCUUGCAUGGAACACUGAAAACGAAGCAUGAAAAGGAAGAGGCUGAUUUGCCCCACACGUGCGCGCUCCCCAUUCCGCCUCGCAGCAAUAAGUUUGUAUUGUGAUUAAGUAUUGUUUUCGUCGCUUCUCCUGCAUAUAUUGGAUAUUUUCUUUGCAUACUUCCACGUUCGUGCCUUGAGGCGAGAAAGGCGCUUUUGGAAUCGCCUUGAUUCCUUGGCAUUGAGUGAUAAUGAGCUGAUGCUCAAAUACCACUUCCCUAGGCAGUUGCCAGUGGGUCCUUCCAAAACGUCAUUGGAGACACUGCAGGACUUACGUAAGUGUCAGCAGGGUCUUCGAGUGUGUGUGCAUUGUGUUGAGUGAUAAGUCGGUGCAGGAAAUCAAGAUGCCUUCAACACACCUUGAUCAAAGGAGAACUGCACAGCAGUUCUUCAGGAUCAAAAAUUUCUUAAGAGUUAUUGGGACCAUUGAUGGCACCCACAUUGCCAUCAAGGCCCGAAGAGUGGACGAGGCCCUCUACUUUAACUGGAAAAGCUAUCACUCCCUCUGAAAAUCCAACUUGUUUGUGAUGUGAAUGGAGUGAUCCUCAGCUACUGCUUCAGAUUCCCAGUUGCCUUGGAAAGUGCAUUCCUGGCUGAGUGUGGUGCGUGUGCCUGCUAUUCGUGUGGUGGUGCUGCUGCUGCGUGAAGCCUCUGCCGUGGGAACCCACCACAAAUAGCUAAUGGAUUCUGUAUGACGGGAUCAGCAGCAGACAGAAUUGCAGUGAUGUAUUAACAUGCCUAGGGCCUUUGUUGGAAGCAUCCCCUGUGAUAUAGUGGACGAGAACCUGGAGCUCUAUGACACACUGACAAGGGAGAAGGUUACUUGUCGCUCCAAGGCUAAGCUGGUUGGCCCCAUGAACGCCACUGUCUACGUUACUGGAAGAGGGGCAUCUGAAGUGACCAAGACAGGAAUGUAUGUGGACUCCCAGGACAGAUUGUACCAGUUCCAUACAUAUGCUGGUAUGCGCAAUGUGAGUCCUCUCAGGGGGUCCUCUCAGGGCGGCACGCUGUUCACUAUUGAUGGUGCUGGCUUUGACCCAUACAAGGAGCAGACCAAGGUGUUGGUGGGGGGUGCUCAGUGUGCCAUCCAGGACAUCACUGAUGAGCAAAUUCGGUGCCUCACUCCAACCCAAGGGAAGGCCUCGGCCGGCUCAGGUGAGCACAGGUUACUUGUUGAGCUGUACCAAGGAGAAUACUUUGAGUCCAACUUCCUGGAGGAGACAAGCUGGGCAGCCCUGUCUCCCUCCCAUGCUGGCUACAAGGCUUUUGUCCCUCAAGAUGCUGAGCUCAAGUUUCCCAUUGAGGUGACCCGGGAUACUGUGGGCACUCUGAAAGGGUACCUACAUCCACCACAUGAUGGGACCUACUCUCUAUCAGUUCAGGUUGGUGAGCGGAUGCUUGUGAUGCUGGCAGCCAAUGGAGAUUCAGACAGCGAAUUUGAAGUUAUGCAGUGGCAAGAAUUUGAACUUAAGAAGGGAACACCUGCUUAUUUAGAGAUACGGUUCCAGACUAGAGGUUUGCUUUGCUGUGAGGGGCAACAUGCAGGGCUCCAUGUCAGUCCAGUACCUGGUGAGGGACAAGGAGGGCAAUGAGGAGGAGGAGACUGUGCUACUGGAGCGUUCUUUUCCAGCCAACCGAUGAAGCUCCACACACUCAACAUGCCCUGCCAACCACUGGUGGAAAGAGACAGUCUUGUGGACCACCUUAUUACAUCCCAGGAGCUUCAGCAUAGCACAGCUGGCCAUGUACAUCCAUAGCAAGGCCUGGCACCAUAC